GGUUCCUUCGUGCUAGCUGAACCUUGGGAUUCACUAGCUCACGUUCGCUUAUGAAUGUAGAUGUGAUCUGAAGACCUUGGUUCCUUCCUCCGAUUACUCAGCGCGCGUGUGCAAAGAGAUCCACAUGCGCUACACGCCACUGGCCGGCCUGCUGCUGCUUUGCCACCACGUGGGAACCGUGCAAGUGACGAUCGAGAGAUCCUCCAGGCAACUCCUGGUGGAUGGACAGCGCUUCUUUGCUCGAGGGGUGGCCUACACCCCCAUUCCGGUGGGCUCGGACUACGGCGAUUACCUGGGCGCUUCACAGGCAGCGAUUUGGACCCAGGAUUUGGAGCUCAUGAAGGCCAUGAACCUCAACGCCAUCCGAGCCUAUACAUUUGAUUCAGUGGAGGAUCACACGGCCUUUCUAGAUGCUUGCGAUGAACGUGGUUUGCUGGUGGCGGUCACCUUGGACUACCCGGAGGACAUUUAUUCAGAUUCCACAGCUCGAACGGAGUGGAAGACUCGAGCCCUGGAUGUGGUGAACCGAUACAAGUCGCAUCCGGCCAUCCUGCUGUGGGGCUUCGGAAAUGAGAAGAACUUCUAUGCCGAUACCGAGCAGAAGCGAACGGAUCACUGGUCCCACGUGAGCGAAGUGACCGAUGAGAUCCACCAGGCAGAGCAAGCUGCUGGCGUGUGGCAUCCGGUUUGCUCACCUUUGAUGGACAACUACCUCUCUGACUACUUUGCGCUCGAAGCCAGCUAUCCCAAUGCGGUGGAUCUGUGGUGCUUGAACUUGUACCGAGGAAGUAGCUUUGGCACGGAGCUUUUCAGCACCUAUCCCAGCACUUUGCCGCUGAUGAUCACCGAGUUUGGAGCUGACGCCUACGAUCAAACCAAUGGCCAGGAAUGGGCCACAGACGAACAGGGCAAUGCCUUGGUGUCCUUGUCCACGGAGCUGCGCGACUGGCGCGCCGUGGUGGCCGGAGGCAUCGUGUUCGCCUUCCAGGACGAGUGGUGGAAGUGUGGCGCCGUGAGUGACCACGAUGUCUGUGGCGGUUAUUUUGGCGGCUUGCCCGACGGCUUCGCGAAUGAAGAAUGGUGGGGCGUUUAUGCCACUGGAGCUGGUUCAAAUCCGCAGGCGCGCCAGGCGCGCCCGGCGGUCGCGCAGCUCACGGCGCUCUUCGGUGCUGAUGUCUUCGAGGGCUCCAGCAGUAUUGGGGCUGAGGCAGAUCUUUACGCGCUCAAGUCGAACCCUGGACACAACGUCGGGGCCGUCGACGAGAUUGUGACAAAGUAUCACUCCUGGGACGCUGGAUCUGGACCUGAUGGGCAAUCAGUGUACAACGAAGUGGGCCUCGUUCGCUUCCCUGCCCUUACGCUCUCGGAGUGCAGCAACGGAACUGCCACGGUGCUUUUGACUGUGAAAUGGAUCUCCAGCUCCUCGCUGGUGCUGGCUUAUGGCCCCGUGGCUGACCAGAGCUGGCCCGAGCUGAGCACCACUUGGGACAACUUCCCAAGCUUCGAUCCCUACGACCGACGGACCUUGACUGUCACUUCUGAUGAGCUGAAUCAGGCUGUGAGCUUGAGUGUGGACUGGUGGAGCUCUGGCACUGCCUUGUCCAUGUGGUUGCAGCCGGAUGACACGGUGGCUGCCAACAGUGACGAGAAUCUGAACUUCUUUUCACGAGAAGCCAGCAGCUGGGCACAGCCACAACUGGUGGUGAGCUGCAGCUACUCAUGGUCUGCAAGCAAUUGGUAUAUAGCAACAACGACCACUACGACCAGUGCCAUCACUACGACGACCACGACCACGACCACAACGACAAGCAGCACCACUACUAGCAGCACCAGUACCACCAGCAGCACCACUACCGCCGAGCCAUCAACUACGACUGAACCACCCACCACAACCGAUGCACAAGCCGCCACCACCACCGCAACAACCUCCACCGAUGCACCCACAACGACUACAGCAUCCGAUGCAACCGACACCACCACAACCACAACCAGAACUAGCACCACAUCCAAUGAGCCCACCACAGACACCACCACAACAAGUCUUACUACAACGACUGGCACAAGGACAAGCACCACUUCUACCACCACUAUUGAUUCAACUUCCACAACUGCGACUACGACGGUCGUUAGUUCCACCAAGUCCAGCAGCACCACAGCCAGCGUCACAGCCAGCGUCACAGCGAGCACAACGAGCACCCCCAUGGAGGUUGAUUCAGCCGUCGGAGAUGUUACAACAAGCUCGACAACGGCUUCAACAACCUCUAUGAGCAGUACUACCACCCUCGCAAUGUUGACUGCAAGUUUGACAACCGCCCGUGCUGCUGAUGCCACUGUGGUCACCACAGCGACGACAUCAAGAAGUCAAAGCAUCUCAACAGUUGGCGCGACAUCGAUGACCUCCACCAGCGCAUUCACCUUAGGCAGAGAUCCCACCACUUCCAGCGACCCCUUCAGCUCCACGUCCUUCCACGACGGAACGGAGCUGCAACCCACCACCAGUGCCCUGGGGGAGGAGCUGCCAAGUACGGCGAGUGAAACAACAUCCACAGCCGGAACGCGAGAUUCUUCCACCUCUACCUUAGGCAUCUCGACAAUCCAAGCCAGCUGCAAGUUGACGAUCUCAAACCUGAGGGCCGACCAGUCGCCCAGCGACCUGCAUUUGCACGUCACCGUCGCGCUGGCAGCGGCGCUGGAGUUGGAGGUGAAGCGUCUCCGCAAUGUGGUCAUCGAGCUCCUUCCGCGACGCUUGGUGGAGGAGACCGAGGUCACGGCGAUCGAGGCGGCGCUGGGGGUGAGUUAUGAGGUGGAAGCGUCUAGCGACUCGGUGAAGGAGUUGCUCUCGAAGGUCACAAGCUUGGCAGAUAGCCAGAGCGAUGCUGCCGGGAGAUUUACUCGAUCACUGAAGCAAGAGGGGCUGGAAGUGACCCACAUCCAGAUGUUGGACGUGCCACAUGUUUACACCACCGUGCAGCUUCCCGAGGAGGUUCCUGCUGAAGGCCUACAGACGGCUCAGAUCGUGUUGUGGUUCCUUUUGGGUGUCACCUCCAGCGCUGUGGCCGGCUGUGUGGCUUGUAGCCUCGGUUACUUCUUCGGAGUCUUCCAAGUCAAGCUCCAGCGAUAUCGCUACGAGCGUAGCCGGAGCCUGGUGAGCUCUCAGCCAUCAGAUUUCCCCGUGAGCGUGGUGACAGCGCAAUCCACCAUCAAGAAGUACCGCUCAGAGGAAGACGCGUCCCAUGACGUGCCCAGCAAAACUCCAAGAGCGGCUACAAGACACCCUACCACCAAGAGCAUCAUACGAGAAGUGCUGCUUUGAGGGCCUCCAUGGUUGAUGGAUGUCAUAGCUGGUGUGGCAGAAGUCGACAAACACGAGGAGGCGCAGUGAGACCGGACCCAAGUUUGUCGACAUUUCCCUGGCCAUAUGCAGAGCUGUAAAGCAAAUUGGGCGCUUUCUAGCAGAGAUAUUGAGUGAAAGAGCCAGUGUCCUGCAUGCCCGGACUAUCGUGUAUUUGAUAGGAGUCGUUUCGUGCCCAUCAUGAGCAACCGGAAUGCCCAUCGCUUUGGGGCUGUCAAAAGUAGAG